CUGGUUCUUGCACCUUAAACCCCUUUCUCGGGAGGACGGACGGUUCGACAGGUUGCCUGUCAUGCGUGCAGAAUCUGACUGCAGGAGAUAGAAUUAUUCUCAGUAAUGGGAAGAACCUACAUCGUAGAAGAGGCUGUUGGCCAGUAUCUUUCAAACAUAACUCAAGGAAAGGCUUUUGUCUCUGGUCUUUUAAUUGGACAGUGUUCUUCACAAAAGGAUUAUGUCAUUCUUGCCACUAGAACGCCACCCAAAGAGGAACAAAAUGAGAACCUCAAACAUCAACAAAAAGCUAAGUUGGAUAACUUGGAUGAAGAAUGGGCCACAGAACAUGCCAACCAGGUGUCCAGAAUGCUACCAGGGGGACUUUUAGUUCUUGGAGUAUUUAUCAUUACAACUUUAGAAAUGGGAAAUGAUUUUCAAAAUGCCCUGCGUAGACUAGUAUUUGCUAUGGAAAAAUCUAUGAAUAAAAGGAGACUGUGGAAUUUCACAGAAGAGGAAGUCUCAGAACGAGUGACACUUCACGUUUGCUCUUCUACAAAAAAAAUAUUUUGUCGAACUUAUGAUAUCCAUGAUCCAAAGAGUUCAGCAAAACCAGCAGAUUGGAAGUAUCAAAAUGGACUAUCAACUUCAUGGCUUUCUUUAGAGUGUACAGUUCAUAUUAAUAUUCACAUCCCGCUGUCUACUACUUCGGUCAGCUAUACUUUGGAGAAAAAUACAAAGAAUGGACUUGUACGCUGGGCCAAGCAAAUAGAAAAUGGUGUUUAUUUGAUUAAUGGACAAGUUAAAGAUGAAGAUUGUGACCUGUUAGAAGGGCAGAAAAAAUCUUCUAGAGGAAAUGUUCAAGCGACUAGUCAUUGUUUUGAUGUCAAAGUGCUAACACAUUUGCUUCUGAAUUCAGACCGCAGAUCCACAGCCACAGUCCAGAUCUGCAGUGGCUCGGUAAACCUUAAGGGUGCCGUGAAAUGCAGAGCUUAUAUUCAUAGCAGUAAACCCAAGGUUAAAGAUGCUGUGCAGGCAAUGAAGAGAGAUAUAUUGAAUACAGUUGCAGAUCGUUGUGAAAUACUAUUUGAGGAUCUGCUUUUGAAUGAAGUUCCAGAAAAAAAAGAUUCUGAAAAAGAGUUUCACAUCCUCCCUCACCGAGUUUUUGUCCCCAUUCCGGGAUCCACUAUAAUGUUAUGUGAUUAUAAAUUUGGUGAUGAGUCAGCUGAAGAAAUGAGAGACCAUUUUAUAGAGAUGUUAGAUCAUAUGAUUCAAAUAGAAGAUUUGGAAAUUGCAGAGGAAAUAAACACAGCUUGUAUGAGGUACUCUGUGAAUACUGAAGCUUUGGACAGCACAGAUGAUGAACAUCGAAAACCAAUUAAAACUAGAAUAAUACUGAAAAUUCAGCAAAACAUAGGUGUGAUUGCAGCGGUUGCAGUUGCAGUCCUUGCUGCGGGGAUCUCCUUUCACUACUUCAGUGAUUAGGGUGAGACACAAAGAACUUCCUGAUCAUCCAGAGAACACUGACCAACAAUUAUGAAUCAUAAAGAUGCAGACCAUCCAUCUACAUUUCAGACAGUAGCAGCCAGAUCUGCUGCCAAUAAUGCCUACUAGGUGUGUUUCUGACUAAAUGGAAAUCACUAGCUGCCUCAUUUAGCCCUGCUUAUAUUAUAGAUGGCUCAGGCUUGCAAAAAUAAAGUUGUGCAUAUAGAUGGAAGUUGCAUGUCACAAAUCCUUAUUAUCUAUUUUCAAAAAUGUUCAAAAUGAUGGCUUACUUUCAUAGAUUUUAGUCCUCUUGAUCUGGAUUGCAUAUUGAUCAGGAUAUUGAAAACGUGAAUAGUCAGGGUUGACUGUAUAGCUUAGUAAUAGAAUAACUGGAGAAAUUUCUAAGAAGUGGGGCAACUACCUAUUAGGUGAACUCAUACUCUAGGACCUUUCUAAGGCAUACUCAGUUACAAAAUACUGAUUGAGUUCUGGUCAAGGGGUAAGGCAACCUUUUCAGAGAGGUUUGAGUUGGUAAGGAUUGCCAUAAAUCAUGUGCUUUCUCAGGUUAGCAUAUCAUACAUGUUUUAAUAUAUUAGACAUUUACUUCUAGUGGUACAUUAGACUAGGUACUACAAAACUAAAUCCUGAAUAAAACCUACUUUUGAAUGCAUUAAUCAGCUCAAAGACAGUAGGGAAGUUUCUGAGAAUCAUACCUCUAUUUUGACUCUCCCACAAAAAUGAACACAUUUUGAGUUGGGAAUUGUGAAUACUCUAUUAAACAUGCAAGUGGGCAGUGGUUACUCAGAUGGCAAAUACUAGUUGCAACACUGCCAAUAUACAAUUUGCCUUGGACUAGAAACAAGGAGAUGAAUCUGAAUCUGACAUGCUGUCCUAGCCAGUACAGUUGAAGUUGCUACCCAGUUUAUAGUAUCCUAUAAAUACUUCUGGCAGAAGCAAGAUACAGCCUCAAGAUUUCCAUAGAUUAUGAUAAAGCAGUAUAGAUUACCAGUGCACAUCGAAACCAGCUAGCAUGAGAAAGCUCCCGUAGAAAUAAUAAGCUUUGGAUUCAGUUCUCCAAGGUCUCAUCACCAACUUCUAUGAAAGAUGGAACCACAGGCACAAAUGAGAACUAAAGAACUGCUAAAAAUGAAAAAAAUGUUACUUGAAAUUAAAAAAAAACCAAAACCUCAAGCAUGUUGAAUAUCAUGUUAGACUCAACUGAAGACACAAUAAAUAAACUAUAAGUGAGUUCUAAAGAAAUUAUCCAGUGCUCAGCAAGGAGAAACAAGGAACAA